AUGUUUGCUGCGGCUACCAAGAGCUUUGUCAAACAAGUUGGAGAUGGAGGGAGAUUAGUUCCCGUUCCAAGCCUCAGUGAGGCUGACAAAUACCAACCUCUAAGUCUGGUGGUAAAAAAGAAGAGAUGUUUUCUGUUUCCUAGAUAUAAAUUUACUUCAACACCUUUUACACUGAAAGAUAUUCUUCUAGGAGACAGAGAAAUUUCAGCUGGUAUUUCAUCUUAUCAGUUACUGAAUUAUGAAGAUGAAUCAGACGUUUCACUCUAUGGAAGGCGAGGCAACCAUAUUGUGAACGACGUUGGGAUUAACGUUACUGGAUCAGAUUCAAUUGCAGUAAAAGCUUCCUUUGGUGUAGUAACCAAACAUGAAGUGGAAGUAUCAACAUUACUCAAGGAAAUUACUACACGAAAAAUUAAUUUUGACCACAGUUUGAUACGUCAGUCAAGGAGCAGCAGAAAGGCAGUAUUGUGUGUGGUCAUGGAAAGCAUCCGAACCACACGACAGUGCUCACUGUCUGUGCACGCUGGAAUUCGUGGGGAAGCCAUGAGGUUUCAUUUUAUGGAUGAACAGAAUCCCAAGGGAAGGGACAAAGCUAUUGUUUUUCCAGCACACACAACCAUAGCUUUCAGUGUUUUCGAACUCUUCAUUUACUUGGAUGGUGCCUUUGACCUUUGUGUCACUUCAGUGUCAAAAGGAGGAUUUGAAAGGGAAGAAACGGCAACAUUUGCACUGCUCUACAGAUUGAGAAAUAUACUGUUUGAAAGAAAUAGAAGAGUGAUGGAUGCCAUUUCUCGUUCACAGCUUUACUUAGAUGAUCUUUUUUCUGACUAUUAUGACAAACCUCUCAGCAUGAGUGAUAUUUCACUCAAAGAAGGGACUCAUAUCCGAGUUAAUUUACUUAAUCACAACAUUCCAAAAGGGCCUUGCAUACUCUGUGGCAUGGGGAACUUUAAAAGGGAGACGGUUUAUGGGUGCUUUCAGUGUUCUGUCGAUGGGCAGAAGUAUGUGAGACUUCAUGCAGUUCCUUGUUUUGAUGUUUGGCACAAGAGAAUGAAAUAAAAUGGAAAAUCAAUGUAUCUUGCUGGUGUUUUAGGAGCAACUGUGCCACACACCUUUCCAAAAUUAUCUAGGUUUGCUUUGAUGAGUUGUAGCAAAUUAAAGAGGGAGGGGAACAAGAAUUUAACCUGUCUGGGCAUCAU